GCCACUCACUCUCUCAGCACUCUCAUGAGUGCUCUCGUCUGAACCAACCUAAAUUGUACAUUCCACAGAAAUAUAUGCUCACUCUCAACUAGACUACCAACGCGACAAGUAGUGUUUUAUUUUUCUACCCCGAAACCGCGUCCCGUCAACUGGCGACGAUUAGGAUAAAAGUAUAUUUUUGAUUAUUGAACUUAUAAAGCGCGUGUCGGCGAUAAUUUUGCUGAUUUUUUACCUGUGGAGAGAGAGAGGGUGAAAGUUCUCUUUUGUUUCACGAUUACACUGCUUGGGUGUUGGUGAACAAAUCAAACGGCGGCGGCAGCGGCAAUUUAAGCGUUUGUCGUGUGGCUGUAGUGGUGAACAUCCCAACGGCGGCGGCGGCUGGAGCAGAGCUGCUGGUGUGGCUGUAGUGGUGAACAAUUCGGCGGCGGCGGCGGCUUGAGCAGAGUCGCUGUGGUUGCUGUGGUGGUGUGGUGACAUCAGAGGUGGCGGCGAAGCUUGCACGGUGUGUUGGUUGCGAUUUUUUUGGUGGAGUUUUGUUUGAUCCGUCUGUGCAAAGACGAGGAUUUUUUGUACUGCUGGCCAACGAGAUCAAAGGAUGUCUUUGACGGCUACCACCGAACCUUAUUUGCCCGGUUCAAUUCCAUUUAGUCAAUACUUGGAACAACUGGAGUGGAUUUUUCUCCACAAUAAAUUGAAUAAGACUGAUUAUAAAACAUCGUUUUUGGCCAUCUGCGGCCAGGAGGUGUAUACAAUGUUGAAAAAACUUUUCCCUGGUGAAAAUUUAAAAGAUUUGAGCUAUGACACAAUAACAGACAAACUGAAAAAGCAUUACGAUAAAAGUGAUUCAGAGGUGAUUCAUAGUUUCAAGUUUUGGUCCAGGAAGCAAGGUCAACACGAGAAGGCCGAAGAUUAUGUGUUGUCGGUCAAGGUUUUAGCCGAACGGUGCUGUUUCGGUGAUUUUAGGGACAGAGCCAUUAGGGAUGUGCUUGUCAUGGGAGUGUUUGAUAGAGGUUUACAAAAAAGGUUGUUCGACGAGGACAACUUGACGGCGGACAAGGCGGAGAAGAUGAUACUCAAUCAGGAGUUGUCGUCGAACCGCACGAGGAUUCUGAACAAUGGAGAUGAUGGUAGAAGUAGCUUGGUGAAUCGUUUGGGAAGAAGACCGGAUCGUACACCGAACAAGGGAGGUUACCGGAACAGGAGCAGAAGUAACAACAGAACUCGUUCUUUUUCGAGCGAUAGGAACAAGAACAAGAGUGAUUCUGGGAAGCCAACCUUUUUCUGUACGUUUUGUAAGAAGAACGGACACACUAGGAAAUUUUGCUAUCGUCUUACUAAUCGUAGUCCGCGUAAACCUAAACAAAGUGUUAAAUUUGUUGAUUCUCCUAAACCUUCUUCAAGUGGCAACGGUCUUUUUAAGCGUUUGAAGAAGGACUUGCACAGUGACGACGACGAUAUGGCCUGCAUGAUGAUUUCGUCUGUCAACAAGAUCAACGAACCGUGUUAUGUUGAACCUCUCCUGGAAAACAGACGUAUGACCAUGGAGAUUGAUUGUGGAUCAGCCGAGAGUGUUAUCUCUGAGGAUUUGUUUAACAGAAACUUUCGUAAUCUUGUCGUUAAGCCUUGUAACAAGCGGUUAGUAGUGAUAGACGGCAAGAGGCUGACUGUGUUGGGAAAAGUGACGGUAAAUGCUCGUUUAGAUGGUGUGCAACAACAAUUGGAUCUUGUCAUCUUGCGUUGCGAGAUGGAUUUCAUCCCGCUCAUGGGAAGGACAUGGCUGGACGUCUUCUACAGCAACUGGAGAUCAGCUUUUUCACGACCAUCUUUACCUGCACAAGGUGUGCAUGCUGUCGAGAAUGAUAGUGUUGUUGUUGAUUUGAAGAAUCUCUCUUGGCGGCAGAGUACUUUCGGCGCAUAAACGCCAAAUCAAAAUUCCGCAGAAUACUCGCCGGAAACAACCCAACAUUGUUUUCCGCAGAGAGAGUUUUUCCAAA